AUGCCCGAAAACCGGGAUGAUAUCAAAGCCUACACUUACCUGCCUUUCGGAUCGGAUCCACUGCAUUGCAUUGGAAUGCGAUUCGCGUUAUUGUCAGCAAAGCUCGCGUUAGCUUUGAUCUCACAUUCGUUCCGCUUCUCCAGAGUCACCGACACUGACGUCCCCGUAGUCUUCAAUAAGGGUCGGGCUCUCUGUCAGGCAAAACGACUUGUGGUCGGCAUUCAGAAACGAUAA